GGACUGGGGCAGAGUUUUCUAAACCAGGUAUUACACCGUAAUAAAAGGAUAAACAUGAUAUUGAAAUGAAAUAUUUCAUCACUACAUGUAGGUUGUAUAGAAAGUCACAUACUUUCUGUUUCUAAACAAAACAAAAUCAGUUCCCACAUUAACUCCAUGAAUAGACCUGGUGAAUAUAUUAAAAGGAAUGCUUUAUGUAAAGCUUUUUCUGAACAAUGAUUGUAACACUUCUGUAAUACUGAUGGGAUAUUUUUGCAUUCUUUCCACUUUGUCUUGCCAGGUUACCCAUGCAGAACCCAUGUAUCAUCUGUAUUACAUUUUACUGCUGCCACUCCAUUUAAUACAUGUACACAUCUAGCCAAGUCUUUUUGUAUGAAAAUAAGCUUUAAAUAUUUGUGUGAAGCUCCCAUUGAUAAACCUGAUGCGCAGGGUGUAUGAAAUUGAUUUAAUUCAUUCUUCAAGGAGAAGUCUACAUUAAAGUUACUUUGAAUUGAAGUAGAAAAAAGGUGAGAGAAUGACAUGUCAGUUUUGAUUGCAAAUGAAUUCUCUGUAUUUGACUACUAUAUUUAACAAAAAGCAGGUGUACUUUUUGUCACCUCUAAAGACAAAAAGACAGUUACACGUAUGUUUUAUCGACUUCUGUUACAAAGCAUAAUUUUUCCCAAAAGUUUUGAAUCCUAGGUAACUUGGCAUCCUUCAUUAUUAUUUGAUAGAACUGGCUUUGGGUCUCUAAACGUAAUUUGAGUAAAUCAAAACAUCAUUUGAUAUUAAAGUGAGUUUCAGUCGUAUCAGUUUUUCAUCUUCCAGCUUUAGAAAAAUGAUGCAUUGUUGAAUGUAAUAUGAUAUUACAUUUUAAUAAUACAUGUAUAUCUUGUAUAGCCCUAAAUAAUCUGUUACUACCACAUUGUACAUGUACAACAAUCACAAAUAACUUCAUUUGCGCAUCAAAUGUGUAUGAUUUUUUUUUUUUUACAAGUACUUUUUUUACAGUCAAUAUGAAGGACAUUAAUGCUACGUGUGGAAAUCCUAGAUUAACCUUUAACAUGUAUGUAUUUCCCAAAUUCGCUGAGAAUUAAUACACUUUGAAAGCUGGGAAACCUUCCUCAGAAUUUCCAUUAGGAAGAUAUAAAAUGGAAAAACAAAACAACAAUACUUAUUUCUACAUUUUGUACAAAAGCAAUGUAAUUGAUGUUUGCCUCUCAAUAUGUGCUCUGUUCCUGUUUUUAAAACCCCAUAGUUUGUAUAAAAUUCUGAUUAGGCCUUCGUGUCUUGUAGUAUUUUAUAUUGAAUGCCAUUCAGUUCUUAUUCAGUUCAAACCAGGCCUCCAAUAGGUUUAUUUCUAAAUACUUUUGACUGUUUUAGAAAGUAAACAGCCCUGCAUAGCUCAAUGUUUUCUGCCCAUUUCCGCCAUCCAAUUAUAAAAGCUAAUUCGGUCUGAUUUUCAAUGCUAGGAAAUAAAAGCAAUCUUUGCAAUUAAAAUCUAUGAUUUCCAAAACCCUUAAAAGUUUGUUAUUGUGACCUUGUUACAAAACCUUCAGGGCAAUGUUGAGUAAAAAUAAUAAGAGGGGGGAGGGGGUAUUAAACUUGCAUGUAGUAAGAAAAGAUUUUCCAUGGUUCGUUCACACAUGUGAUGCUUCCUUCUGAUAAAUAAGACCACUGCGCAUGAAAAGCAAUUUCUAUUGAAAUUGGAAUGAUUUCAAUAGAUUCUUUGAGUACAUGUAUGUAUAAUAACACAAUCAUGUCCAAUAUGCAUUGAUUGGGGGAUGCAAAACUCAUUACUGAAGAGAUUUGUUGUUGUCAUUCAUGCCUUGUUGAUUCUGAAAUGUGCAAUCGUUGAAAUUGUUUAAAUUCCCUUUUUUUUUUUUCAUCAGUUUUCCUUGCUUCAGUUGGCAAAUGAUCUGUAGGCCAUGAAAUGAAAAUAGAUUAAUUUUGCUUUAAUUCUUAAUACUUUGUAAAAUAGUAUAUGAGCCAUGUAAGGCAAAGUGAUAUAAUGUGCCCAUUAUUUCAGUUGUAAUUAGAUUUUUUUCUUUAUUCAAGCAGCUGCCUUGAAAUAACUACAACUGUGUGUAUGGAGAUAAUGUAUUAAUGCACAAAUGACUUUUUUUUAAUACCCUAUGAAAUGCCCUUAUUUUCUGUCACUGUCUUUUCUUUUUCUUUCUACACUAGAUGGUAUCAAAUUAUCUUUUCUUCAUUUGAUUUUGUUUCAUGAAAAUUCAAGUUACUCAUAAUUCCUCAGUUCUGUUGAAUUCAUAUGUAGCUGCUGUACCCGUCUACAUGUAUAUCUUUCCCAGGCAAGGGAAACAAGUACCUGGUGGGAUUACCAAUAUUUGCCAAUAUUUUCAUGAAGUUAUUUUCCAAGACAUCAUUCCUUUUUGUCUACAUAUUCACGACACGUUAUAUUCAAACUGUAUAUAUCUUGCUUAAUGUUUAUUAGACAAUCUGAUGAUCAUUUUCAGCCAGCAGUAUGAUUAAUAUUCUUUCCCUUUUUCCAUUUUUUUUUGUACAUUUAUAGAAUGAGAGUCCACCACAUGCUUUCUGUCUAAUUAACAAGAAUCUUAACAAGGGAAGUAUGAUGGGAUCUGAUGUCUAUCUCUGCUACAAGAAAUCAGCAAUCAGAGGAAACUCAAUAGUUUAUCAAGCAGAUAUGUUGAGUCGUUACCCCUUGGAGGAUUACGAGGAUUUCCCCCUCCCCCAAUCCAUCCCCUUCUGUAUGCCCAUGGGGGCUGCCAUCGAGUGCUGGGCAGAGACAAGGGAGCAUCCCCUUCCUGUAUUCUCUACGUUCGUUCUCACGGAUAUUGCUGGUGGCAAGGUCUAUGGAGCAGCUGUGACAUUCUACGAGAACUACCCUGAGGAGAAACUAAGCGAACAACAGAGGGAGGCCUUGCAGUUGAAGCCUACCAACAACAAAAAUGGGCCGUCCGUCUACAACAUCCAUGUGAAUAAGUGCAUCUGUCUGCUCUCUCAUUGGCCCUUCUUUGAGGCCUUCAAAAAGUUUUUGUCUUUCAUCUACCGGGUCUCCAUCUCUGGACCGCGAUCUAUUCCCAUUGAAAGGCAUAUCUCUCAUUUUAUGCAUGAAGUCCCCUUCCCAACACCUCAGAGACCUAGAAUAUUAAUGGAGUUGGCCCAUGACCAGCUGAUCUUAGCCAGGCCCCAGACCUCUCCUAUCCCUCUAAGUGGAGCCAGUUACUGUGCUAUGCUGAGGAAUCUAGGACCAGAGAAGACCCUCAAUGUCCUGGCCUUCCUACUCCUAGAACACAAGCUGGUCCUGCACUCCCUUAGACCUGCUCUCCUUACUGGUGUGGCAGAAGCUGUGUCGUCGCUUAUCUUCCCUUUCGUAUGGCAGUGUCCAUACAUCCCCCUCUGCCCACUCAGUCUGUCAGACUACCUGAGCGCUCCCAUGUCAGUGGUAGUUGGUAUCGACUCACGCUACUUUGACAUGUAUGACCCUCCCAGUGACGCUAUCUGCAUUGACAUUGAUACCAACACAAUCUUGCAGCUCGAGGACAAGAAAGGAAUAACAUGGAAGAUACUACCAAAGAAACCUGCUAAGAGAUUAUAUAACACAUUGACUAAGAUAUACCAGGACAUCCAGGAAUCAGCUGUUGGUGAUGGCAUCUCUGAUGAACUUGCAGUUGAGGUGUCUCCCAUCACGCUGGACUUCAGCCUCAAGAAACGACAGAUGCAAUUGGAAAUGAGGAUCCAGGAAGCUUUCCUAUCCUUCAUGGCAAUGAUACUGAAGGGCUAUAGUCAAUAUCUACUCCCUAUCACACAACAACCCAGUAAUAGAGCUCUGGAUGCCAGCUCAAGAUUUGACUCCCCAGGUUUUCUGAAGACAAGGGACAAGGCAUCCCAAGGGUUUUUCAAACAGUUUCUGAGAACUCAGAUGUUCAUCAAAUUCAUAGAGGAGAUCUCAUUUGUCUCAGAAAACGAUGAGAAGUUUGCUUUCUUUGAUGACUGUAUAGACAAGGUUGAUAUUGACAGCAAAGAUGACAUUCAUCUAAUAGACACAGAGAGUCAGGUUGAUAGUGAACACACAGUCUUUGUCAUGCCUCCUGAUGCAGAUGGAACAGGUGCACAAUACCACUAUACCGAGUUCCCAGUAUUGAUACCAGAGCUGUUCCAUGCUCCGACAUUGGAGGAACGGGACCAGCUGUCCACGCCCAGGACCAAGCAGGGCGUGGCUCAGAGUCCAUUCCCCCGGAGGACCAAGCAAGAGAUGAGAAACUCACAGAAGAUGGCUAAGAUGCAGGCUGCAUCACCAGAGCAGUGGGCAAACUAUCUCUUGGGACAGUCCUACGCCCUUUGGUUUAUUCAUUUACCGUCCUAUGUGAAAGCAACUCAUUCCAAGACAAGAGCACUCAGAACAGCCUUUGAGGUACUCAAGAAGAUGCAGGACAAGAACAUCCAACUCUUCGAUGAGGUAUGUUAUCGAGUGCUAAUGCAGCUAUGUGGACAGUACAGGCAACCCGUUUUAGCUGUGCAGGUCUUCAUGGAAAUGAGGAAAAGAGGAAUUAAACCAAAUGCAAUCACAUAUGGUCACUAUAACAAGGCUGUCCUAGAAUGCCAGUGGCCAGCUUCAUCAUUCAGCAGCUACCAGCAGUGGGUGAAGCUUCGGAACACCCUUGCUGCCGUCACCCAGUUCCGACGUGGCAUCAAGCAUCGUGGCAGCUGCUCUGACACCAAUAGCGAUGUCCUCAGCCAGGGGAGUGGUGACAGUAUGGAGCCACCUGGAGUGAUACUUGAACCAGAAAGAGGCAAGGAUGAGACUGAUCUCAUCAAGCUGAUGGAGGGUACAGCUGCAGUCAACCUUACAAGGGAAGAGAAGAGCAGUACUGGCAAUUCUGACAUGGGCUAUGCCUCCAUGAUCAUGGACGAGACCACACCCAACGACCUCUUGACCUCUCCUGAACUCUCUCCCACCAAACUAGCCCGCCAGCGUGACUCCCAGUGCCUGGAUGAGGAAGAUGAAGAGGCUAUCAAAGCCCAGGAAGAAGAGUGUGACCCUGACGUCGCUUGUGAGGAGGUCGCUAGAGUAGAUGGAGAGAUGGAGGGGGUUGUGGAGGGGAGAGGAGAAGGGGAGGAAGAGCAGCAGGAGGGGGAGAAAGAAGUUGAAUGUGAACGGACCUUUGUGGCAGAUGAUGAUAUGUCACUUGCUAGCCACACAAAAGAGGAACUGAGUGCAGAGAUCACCCACAUCAAGUCCCGUAGUGCACCUGUCAGUGAAGUCUCCACCCCUAUCAGUCGAAAGAGGCUUGACCUAGGGGGUAAUGAUACCCCUGAUGGUGGAUUGUUUGGUAUCACAGAUCUUGAGGAGGAACCAAGAGGUAGGGGCAGUAGCAUUCUGAGGAGAUCAAGGAGUAGUGUUACCAGUCGGGAAGCUGUGCAUGGUGAGAUGGUUUUGGAUACUACUCAUUCAUCAAUGAAUGCCAACACAUCGCUGUUAGAUGCCAGUAAUCUUGAGGAUAAUCCGUUUGAUGAUUCACAACUUUCAGACUCCAGUGACACUCCUCGUAGGAGGCACAAAAGUGCAGGAGAACACUCUUGGUCAUUAGCAAUCAGGAAACGGAUCAGCAGCGGUGGUGAUGCCGCAGCCACCAUCACCGACAGUCUUGCCACUAGUGAUUCCAUCAGUGAGGAUAAGUUUGGUUGUGAUGCCAAAAUGCUUGAGAAAUUGCGGACUAGUAGUGAAAGCAAUCAGUCUGGUAGUCACUCUCGGUCGUUGUCCUGUGGGAGCAGACCGCAAUAUAUCAACCAGAAGAGCGAGGAGUUCCCUGUGGAGGUGAAUGCCUUGGAUGAAGCGGGGAAGGAAGAGUUGUUGGACGUUUGCCAUCAGAUUGGAACCUUGAAUGCGAGUGAGGAUAGGGGGAGCUCAGAAGGAAUGACCGACUCUGGUGACGAUCUCCUGGUUGCUAUUAAUGAGAAGAACUCACAAGAUACCAGACAGAGUGGCAAUGCUGAUUUGAUUGAACUAGUUGAAGAAGAUAGUAAACUGAAAGCUUCCAGUAUCCCUAAUGGUGUUCACGACAUACAUGUGAGUCCUAAACACACUACGGACAAAGUCAGUACUGACGAUGAUGCAUGUGACAGUAAUGAAAAACCACUUGAGAAUGGCUUAGGUAAAACGGAGCUGUACAAACUUGAAAGUAUGGAAUCAUUACCUAGCAACUCUUCAUCGAACGACACUAAAGACUCUAUAGAGAACCUGUCAUCAAAACCGCGAAAGACACCCAAGCGGAAUUCAAGCUUCCUAUCCAACUUGCUGACGUCACCAUUCACACCCCGCGUGUCCAAACAGUCCAUCAGUCGAACCUUCCAAACGGCUUCAUCUCAGAUGCAGACCUUGCGGACCCAUGCCACAGACCUUGCCUCCAAGUUUGGAGAGUACACCAGGCAGCUCUCCUCCCCUGUUAUCAAAGACAGUCAAAGCAAUCCAAGCCUCAUUGACAUUGAUGAAACUUAUGGAGGGAUAGAGAUUGGUGGCAAGUCUGAACCCAGAGACAUUGCUGGAUCGUGGAAUGAAAGCAAAAUGGAAAGUUUAAAUCCUGAAGAGAUGGGUAUCCACAUGCCUGGCUCACAAUUUGCAGGUAGUACACAGUCUCUCAAUAAUCCCAUGGCUUCUGAUCAAGAAGAUGGUUUUAACAACCCAAAGAGGCAGUAUGCUAUGCAUGUCUUCAUGACUAGUUGCUUCCGCUGUGGUGCUUGCCGAUCGGCCCUCUACGAUGAACAUAUCAUGGCUGGAUGGGCCGCCGAUGAUUCAAACCUUAACACAAGUUGUGCGUUCUGUGGAUCACCUCGCGUACCAUUCCUGACUGUGACCAUCAAGGACCUUCGGGAGCCUGGAGGACAAUGCAACCUGACCCCCAGCCCGUCUGCAGAGAGCAUGCAGAGUAUCCAAUCGGCUCCCUUCCUGAAGCAAGGGGAAACCCUCCCCGGUAAGACGGAUGAAUCUAACAACACCUACCAGUCAAAUCCCAGCGUCGAUAACUUAUCUCUUGGUAGCGAAGGUGAGGGUGACCCAAAGCCUGCCCUGACAGGGAGGACCAUGCCUGCCAGAAGAGAACCAGGACUACAUCACUCAGCGGGAGAAACAAUAAUAAUGGAACAACUGAAGAAACCUGAUGGAGGGAUGGAGAACUCACCUUCUGCAGCCAGGAGGCGGACUGUUAGCGAGUGCCAUAGUGUUGAUUUGCUGAAGGAGGUGGACUCUUCGGAAAGGCCAGGGAAUGGGUACCCUGCCAACAUGCGUCCAGGAACUUCCUACAGUCUACCCCGCUGCAAAACCAUCCAGGAGACCUCCAGUGCCAGCCUCCUGGCUGAUUUCUCCACUUUCUCCACCUCCAGUCUCCCCUCCAGCAUGCGCGGCUCCAGGGAGUACCUAGCUCCACCUCCUCGCAAGGACACAGAUCCUGACCCUGUCAAUGUGCCGUACCUAAGCCCUCUGGUGCUUCGCAAGGAGAUUGAAAAUGUUAUUGAUAAUGAGGGUGAAGAGUGUCUGAGGCAGCCUGCUUUCGUGUUCCAGCACCCUAUUAUAUUCUGGAAUCUUAUCUGGUAUUUCAAACGGCUUGAUAUACCCAAUUAUCUAGAGGGUGCCCUUCUAGCUGCCUACAGUGAAAACAGGGAUCCAAAUGAUGGUGGUCGUUACCUUGCAACUGAUUCCAGGUACGUGAAGGUAACGAUCCUAUGGGACAAUCUGAGUCUUUACAAAGAGGAUGGUAUUCCCAUGUACCUUCAUUGGACACCUAAUGCACAGGCUAUCAAGAAUGCUAUUGAUGCACCAGACAAACCAGAUUUCUCAAGCUCAUUUAUGCUCCAGAUAGUGAAAUGCAUCCGAUUUAAUAACGUGUUCCUUCCAAUCACCAUGUUACUGGAUGAGUUCACCAGACAAAACAUCGCUGUAGGAGAGCAUCGUAGCAUCUAUAGAGAACUCCUCUUCCUCUCCUUCCUUGCCCUUGGAAGGGAUAACGUUGAUCAUGAUGCGUUUGACCAGCAGUACAGAGUGGCCUACUCCAAGCUUAGAGAGGACCAGAAGGAAAAGAUGCAAAAGAAUGACCGUCCUCCACCCAGGGCUGUCCAGAUGUGCCGUACUGUCUUCUGUGAUCUCAGUUUAUAGAGUGAAGUUGAUUGCAAAUUUAUUGCUUAGAGAUGAGGAAAAAUGUUUGAUGCCAAGAAGAGAGAUGGAGAGAGAGCAGACAUUGAAGUUGAGGACUUCAGGUGUGCUUCACAUUUUCCUGCAAUGUUUGCUUUGAAAGAAGGGCUCACUGGUCUACAAGUUUUUGCCCAAGAGGAGAAUCAUUAGAACCAGUAGCAUUUAUGCAUAGAACAAGGGAAAAUAAUCAUUCAAAGAAGUUGCUUAAUCCAGGCAGUCAGCUUUACAGGGUUGUUCUGAGGGCGUGUUUCAUGAACAUUAGAUGUGACUAACUUGUCAGCUCUGACAAUUUCAGUGAAAUCUUUGGUUUUGAUUGGCUAAAAAAGUUGUGGUCUCUAAAUGUUAACUGGUCAGAAAAUUACACCUUUCAUCUCCUUCCAUCUCAGAUGAAAAAAAGAGAGAGAUGAGGAUCCCUCUUCUACAGUAUUUUUUUUAAAGAAGAGAACAACAGUGUCAAUGGAUUCAUGAUGAAUACCUGAGGAUAAGGGAUUGGAAUACAAAAACGUAUAAUGCACAGGCAAAAGCAGACAUUUUAUAUCUUAUGCACAUAAGUCAUAAAUCAGUCACUCAGCAUUCAGCCCAAUUCAGAUGUACCACACUCAGCUGCAAUGCCACUUCAAUCGGGUUUAGAAGACGAAGAUGAUGGGUCAUGUUACACCCUGAAUAGGAGAAUCAUGGUGGCAUCCAAAUGAAGAUAAAUAGUAGAAAUAAAGAGAAGCGUUGCUGAUUGAACAUGUAUUAGUUGGUUUUAAUUUUCUUUUCUAUGCUUGUUUUCACACUGUCAUCACUGCCAUGGAACCAAGUCAAGUUAAGAAAAUCUUGAAAGCUAAUGCCUGUGUUUAUUGGCUGUCUUAUGGCAUUGGUGUGUGCAUUGCUCAUCAUUCCCAUUAUUUUAGUUGCUGGUUUAGCUCCCCCCCCCCCCACCCAAUUUUGUAUCAAGAAACUUUUUUGAUCUGUGAUCAUCCAUGGUCAGUAAAGACUGUUAUUCCUUUAAUUACUCCACUAAGUAUUAAGUUAGCUUUGGUUUAGACUUGUGUGGCCCGAUCGAUAUUGUGUAAGCCUACGAAACACAAAUGCUGUGUGUUUUAAUCCUGAUAAUCAUUUGAAAAAAUUUGGGUUUUUUUUUCCUACUAGCGUAUUAAUGUUAUUUCAAUGGCAAUGUUUUUCAUCAGAUGCUAAAUUGAAUUUUAAUGUCUAGCAUCCUCUAUCGACCAAGGACAAAAAAACAUGGUCUUGCACAAAGGUUGUGAUGGAUUGCAAAUUUGAAAGAGUAGUCUUGAUUGGCCAUUUCUAUUUUCAAAUUGAUUGCAAGCCUUUGUAUUACAGAGCCUGGAGGAUAAAUCAGUGAUGGAAGGUAUGAAAUGAUCUUUGUGAAGGAAUUCCAUCUACUUGUGCCAUUUGUAUGUGUUGUACACAUUGCAAUUAGAGACAGCAGGAAAAGUUGUAUCAUCAAACUGGGAUAUUGAUUACAUUAAAGUUACAGUCAGAAAGUAUCCCUCCAUGUUAAUAAUGGUUAGUGGAUUAUGAUACUGAUGUGUAUGAACAACAUUUGUCAUUUAUCCAUGUAAAAUGCAGUAUUGUAAUAGCGAGACAGCGAUUGUGACGGUGACCAGUGUAUGAAAGUCGCCUCCUCUUGAACUUGAAAGUUGCUAGUAAAGUUUUACUAUAUAGUGAAAGCAUUGAUGAUUAUAUUUUAGAGAAAUAGACUGAGUUGAAAUAAUGUUUGUACUAAAAGCUUUAUGUUGGUCAAAAGGAUUUUUCCCUCAUGAAUCUAAUGCGUAUUAUUUGGCACAAAUUUGUUACUAAGGUAUACUAAGAGUUGGUUCUCAUACAUGUGUGAUAUCAUUCAUGCAGUGACAUGUCGGACAUAUGCUGAUGAAUUUUUAAUGAUAUAUCUUAAACUUGUCAAGGGUUUAUGAUUGGUACUUUGUAAAUUGCUUGUAGAUAUCUUCUCAGUGCAAUGCCAAAACAAUGAUGUAAAUAUUUCAAAUUUUUGUAUGUUUGAAAAAUGUUAUUGUCUAUCACUUUCAGGAACACACUCUAUGUAUAUUGGAUAGUUUGUAUGUAUGUUUUGUUUCUCUUUGCUUUUUUCUAAAUUUGAAAAUGCCUAGCUAUUUGAUAAAGUGACUGCUGUAUGUAAGUUUGUAUUAAGGAACUAUAUAGAUACAACUCUUACAAUGAACCAAUGUAUUUCGAAUAUAUAAUUGUACUUGAGUGUAAGUUGUAUAUCUCACAAGACUCACAUAAAUAAAGUUUGUAAUAUUCUAUGGUAAAUUUUUCAUUUUCUGUUACUUGUGAAGACAUCUGGAGACUGAAAGAAGGCUAGUUGAAUUUGCAACAGUUAUUGAGGAAGCUGGCAGCAUUUUAACCUAGAUUCUUUUGUUGGUGCAUUUAUCAUGUAGUAUCUAUUUCCCACAUUGUACUUAACAUUCCAUAUAUCCACUAUAGUUUGAAAUAUUUAUUUACUUCACAAUGGUAUAUAUCAUCAUUGCACAUACUUGAACAUAAUCUUAGCUUUUAAAAUGAGGUAAGAUCACAUCUUUGCUACAAACUUCCAACAAAUCGAGUAAGAAAAGAGACAAAAAAGGAACAACUUAUAUAUCAAAUAACCACCAGACCUCCAGUUAUUCAUAUUCACAUAUCAUACACUGAGUGCUCUUCCUAUGGUCCAUGUCUUUAUGAAUAAUCUUUUACUGGAAAUAUCACUCUUUUCAAAGAUUGCCUCCUUUACCCCCCGAGUACGACAGUAAGUAAUAUCUUUGGGGGAAAUACUUAAAUAUUCAGUUCAUCUAUGAUAUUUGCAUCAAGUUAUUAAGGAUACCUGUUAUUGAAUGUGUACACACACAAUGCAUUUAGAUGUCAUGUGCAAAGUGACAACUGGACUCCUUUUUUCACAAUAAUAUGAUAUUUACAUUACAAUAAAAGUGUCUUCUGAUAACAUACAAAUAAAGCCACAAUGCACAGAAUAGUCAAGACUUGGUGUAUGCUGCAGAAUUGAAUGUCUUAAUUGUGUUGGAUUGAGAGAAUGUAAAACGUAGCAUAUCUUCGCCUCUUUCCCUUGCUCAUAUGUUGUAUAAUAUCUGGUUUAUAUUACAAGGUACAAUUAAGAAUGCCUCUGAUUUCUUCUUGCCCUUAGUUGGUAUGUUAUCAAAUGAUUUAAUUAUGAAGGAACAAAAAUAUUUUGUUUAUAUACAUGUAUCAUGUGCAAUCUUAACAACUAAUUCACAGAUUAUUGCUGUAAAGCUGUUAAAGGGAUGUUGUUGAAAUUGAAGGACAAUGAUUUGCUUCCAAGUGUAUUUGACAAUUUACCUGAUACGUCAACAGUUCAGCAUGUUUGUGUGUGUUGUAUUUAUGCAUGUACUAGAUGGGAAGAAAACUUUAGUUGAUUGCAAUUAGUUUACAGCAAUAUACAGUGCACAGUUAACACAAAUAACAUUAUAUAUGUAUGUAACACAGCCUGUUGGAGGAUAUUGACAUUUUGCAAGGUUAUUUAUUUGAUACUCAAUAUAAAUUGAAAUCAGAGAUUAAAUGAAGAAGUCAAUUUAUAUAGCUUCAAUUAACUCUGUUGGAAUGUUAUGAGGGAAAAAAAGGGAUAAUGAAAUAUUGCUAAGUAUUGUUGAGAUUUGACUCCUACUUUUAAAUCUUCUGAGCUGUUGUAGGAAGCCAUCCUUAUCCGUUAAUGCAUUCAUUUCGCAUAAAUAUCGACCUUCAAAAAAGUUACCGUAGUUAAAAGUUGAGCUGCCAAAUCCAAAUGUAUUGCAAAAGAUGGUAUUUUCAUAAUAAAUUGUUAAUUGACUUUUUUCUGUUUGAUUUAAUUUCUGAAUGAUUGUAUCUGUGUGCUACUUUAAACUUCAUCCUUCACCAUAACUAAUUGACAACCCUGUUUAGAGUAUAAAAAAAAAAGAAUGAAGCAUGUUUCCAUCACCAAAAGUUUGCCAUUCACUAAUGGUUACCAUAGUAUUUCUUUGUCAAUGAUAACAAAGGAGUCAUGACAACUUUAAUGAAUCUAGUGGCCAGGGUUAUGGCUAGGGUUCCAUAACAUAGUGUUCUAUUAGUCACAAAAUGACAUUGGCCUGUCAGAAGCAUUGUUGCAUACCCAUUUUGUUAAUGAGUCUAACCACCAACCAGUCAGAAUCAUUCUUUCAAAUUAUCAUUUGAAUUCAAAUAUGUUAUUGGACCCUGUCUGUCAUUCAGUGUGUUGGCUUAGACCAUUUGAUUCUGGCCAGUUUCAUUUCUCAAUGUAUGUAUAAGUUUUUGUCAGACUCCCAUCUUGAUUUGUAUUUAGUAUUUUUGUCUUUGGACCAAGUGAAGCCAUUUCAAGCACACAUGUUCUCCCCACCCCCAACUUUCUUUCAUGAAGAAACCUGACAAGUGAAAGCAUUGGAACAAGCAAAGAGAACAGAGUUAAUUGAAAUAGCAAAGAAGAAUCAUAUUUGAUGUUGUAGAAGGGUACUGCUGCAGUAUAACAACCGAGUAACAAAUUUAAUCUGUUGUAUAUAUUAUGGUAACCUGUGGUUUUAUCUGUAUAUAAAGCACGUCUUCAAGAUGGUACAUACUAUAUCAAACACAUUUACAUUGUACUGGAAUUUUGUUAUAGAGAAAAUUGAACACGUUUAGGCCAUUUAUAAUGUACAGGUAUAACAAUUUUGUAGCUUGAUAGUGAAAAAUCAUGUAAAGAUCUGUUCUCAGAAUUGUAUAAAUUGCCCAUGGAGAACAUUUAUAAUUUUGUUAGGCAGAAUUUCUUUUUUCUUAUUUUUUUUGCCAUUUGUGGAGUAUGUGAUUUACGAUGUACUGUACCAUAUUAAAUCUGACAAUAUCCUAAAUACUAUGUA